AGGGCGGGGCCCCAGAAUGCACUGGAGCGCGCCGGCUCCACUGCCGAGCGACCGCGGGAAAAUUCCAAAAAAGUCAAAACAAAACAAAAAAGCUGUAGGAGACGAAGCCAAGUUUUCAAGCCACAGAACUCGGGCGGUGGCGUCCUUCCCGCCACGGCCCAAACUGCUGAGGCAGCUCUGGCGCGGACCACCGGUACUGCCAUUUAUCCAACCUUACCUGUGAAGGGCAAAGUGGAAGAUGGAUGAUAAUUAAGAUUUUUGAAUAUUUGAAUUGUGCUGUUUCUGUCAUUGCUUAACAGGCCACAGUGAAGGUACAUCACCUUUGCCCCCUUUUUGAUAUGGCUCAAGAUUCAGUAGGACUUUCUUCUGGUUAUCAGUUUUGGAUGCGGAAGCUGUCUGUAUGGGGCCAGGCCUCCACUUUGGAAACCCAGCAAGACAUCUGCCAUCACCUACCUCAGUUCCAGGAGUUCCUGAGGCAGAUUUAUGAAACCUUAAAAGAGAUGGAUUCAAGAACAAUCAUUGAAAGAUUCCCCACAAUUGGUCAACUAUUGGCAAAAACUUGCUGGAAUCCUUUUAUCUUAGCAUAUGAUGAAAGCCAAAAAAUUCUAACAUGGUGCUUAGGUUGUCUAAUUACCAAAGAACCACAGAGUUCUGGAGAAUCGAAACUCAACUCCUGGACACGGGGGUUGUUAUCUCAUAUACUUGCAGCAUUCAGAUUUGAUAUAAAAGAAGUUGAUCUUUUUACUCAAAGUCUUGGCUAUGCACCUGCAGAUUAUUAUCCUGGUUUGCUAAAGAAUAUGGUUUUAUCAUUAGUGUCUGAACUCAGAGAGAGUCAUCUUAAUGGAUUUAACACUCAGAGGCGAAUGGCACCUGAACGAGUAAGGUCCCUAUCACGAGUUUGUAUCCCACUUAUUACCCUGCCUGAUUUUGGACCACUGGUGGAAGCUCUGCUCACCUACCAUGGCCAUGAACCUCAGGAAACGCUGUGGCCUGAGUUCUUUGAUGCUGUGAAUGAGGCCUUUUUGCUGAAGAAGAUUCUUCUCCCCAAGUCAGCAGUCGUCUGCCUUUGGCUGCGACACCUUCCCAGCCUUGAAAAAGCAACGCUGCACCUUUUUGAAAAGCUAAUCUUCAGCGAGAGAACUUCUCUGACAAGGACCGAAUUCCUCAUGAGACAGUCAUUGCUGCCUGAAGCAGCCUGCCACCCCGCCAUCUUCAGGAUCGUUGAUGAAAUGUUCAGGUAUGCGCUCUUGGAAACCGACGGAGCCCCGGAAGUGCUGGCCGCCCUUCAAGUGUUCACGUGCUGCUUUGUAGAAGCGCUGGGAAAAGAAGACAACCAGCUGAAGUUUGCACUCAGGACCUACUUUCCUUAUGCUCCUCCGUCUCUGGUCAUGGCGCUAGUCCAGCACCCGGAAGACAUCCCCCAGGGACUGCGGCACCAGCCACUGAGGCGGAUUUCUGAGAUGCUGAGGGAAGCGGCGGAAGACCAGGCUCCGGGGUCCUCCGGAGGCCCCUUUGAGAGCUGGUUCCUGUUCGCUCGCUUUGGAGGCUGGGCGGACAUGGCGGCUGAGCAGUCACUGAUGUCGGCGGCUGAACCCCCUGAGGCCCUGCUGUGGCUCUUGGCAUUCAGCUACAGCCCACGUGACGGGAGCCAGCCGAGAGCGCAGACCAUGGCGGAGCUGAAGGCGGUGCUGGGCCCCCUCCGCAGGCUGCUCAGAAGCCCCACCCUCUCGGCCAGGGAUGUGCUGGCAGCGGCCGGGGCGCGGCCGGGCGGGGCCUGCGGGCCGCUGGCCGGGCACCUCCUCCUGACCUUCCUGCUCUGGGCGCCCGCAGGCCGCGCGACUGCGCGGGAAGUCCUCGGCCACGUGGCGCAGACUGAGGCGGCGGCCCUGGACACCAUCGGCUUCCUGGACCAGACCCUGUACCGAUGGGAUCGCCUCCGCACGGAGGCCCCGGCACCCAGACGCCUGGCCCGGGAGCUCCUCGCAGAGCUGCGCGCGCGGCCAGUGCCGGCCGCUGACCAGCGACGCCCUCCCCGCGGGAGCCACCCUGCACGGCCCCUGGGAGAAUGCUGCUCCGAGGAGACCCCUCCGCCCGGUCUGCGCGCUGGUGACUGGAGUUGACGCCGCUGGCAUUCUCCUGACCAGCUCCGCUGGGGUCAGAGGACCACUGGGAAAGGCUCCGGUGGGGGAGCCGACUUUCCUUUCUUUCUCCCUCACCAAAGCAAGGUGCACAGCCUUAUCCAAAUGUUUGUCUUUGGACCGAGCGAUGGGCCAUGAAACACUUGUUCAGUCAGUCAUUCCGCCCCUUCCCGGCUGCCCCGGCUGCGUUCGAAGUCAGGCAUUGCGGCCGGUGUUCGCUGGGUCCGCAGGAGCGGAGAGAGCACGAUUCCAGGUCUCUGCGGGGGCACUGCCCGGGGCACUGCCCUGGGCACCGGGGGCGGCCGGGAGGAGCGAGCAGGACGGCCGGCGCCAGGGGAGCCAGGCUGUGCUGAGCGCCGGCUGCCGCAGCCGCUGCCCGCUGCCCGACGGGAGGACAAUCCAGACACCAGGACAGGGUGUCUGCAGUGGCCUUGUGACGUGACUGGAAAUGGGAGUCUCUAA